AUGUCGACACUUCGUGUCCAAUUCCCUCAUACUCAAUGGCCAGGAUGGCAUGUCUCCGAAUAUCUUUUGAACUCCUCGCCCGACUCGUCUCGUGACCUGGAGGCUCCCUCCAUGUUCGUUGCCAUUGACCCGGAUGCUGAAACAGACUAUUGCUCCGACUCCCCGGUGUUUCGAGCAUCGGUCAUAGACCCAGUCAAGGCUGGUGAGGGUCAAUUAGUGCUGAAGUUCGCUUUCAGAGACGACUUCGCAAGUUAUCUCGCGCAGGAAGCUCAAGCGUACAAUACCGUGUUGGAACCUCUCCAGGGCACCACAGUUCCGCGAUGUUACGGCUUUUUCACCGGCGUCGGCGAAGAGGGUCAGCAAAUUGCUUGCUUGGUGUUGGAAUACUGGGGUCAAAACCUUUGUCAGCCGUUCUGCAUGCUCUCAUUGGACUUACGGAUAAAAAUCCUCGAGAGACUCAAUGACCUACACAAGUGUGGCGUGCACCACUGCGACUUCGCCGAACGAAAUGUCUUGACGUCCGGCGACGAUAUCCGUUUAAUCGACUUUGACCAAACAGAGUUCCACGACUGUGACUCCAACACUACGUUUGACUUCAAUCCAGGGAACAAACAACCAGAUCCCGAGAAGUUUGGUUGUCCAAUGCUCUGGGAGGUCUGUCGCUCCGAAAUGAGGAUCUGGGAGGAAGAUGUUGAUGAAAAAGAUGAUAAAUGUCUUUCUGGUGAGACGAACGUCCAACCUCAACCUUUCUGA